AUGUCACACCAGUCCAGCCACAGUUGCAGCCUCUUCUGGCUAUCGAUGGCCACCCUGCUGGCGCUGACGACGGCCCAGUACUACACACAGUACAAUCCAUACUACACGCCCAGUCCGACGUUCUCCAGCCUGAACCAGUACUACUACCAGACCACGCCGUAUCCCUACUACUACAGCACGUACACGACGCCGAGUCCCUAUGCCAACACCAAGAUACGCAUCUGGCCGUAUGUGAUCGGCCAGUAUCUGUAUCCGGUGUACAACAACAACAACUACAACAAUCCGUAUGCCUCGCUGAGCAAUUCCAACUGGCAGAACUACUAUGCGAGCGUCUAUCAGGCGAAUUGGGGCCGAAAGUAG